GCAAGUUGAAGUAAGAAGAGUCUUCUGGAAUCAAAAACAAAUCCCAUCCCAAACAACGCGAAAAAAAAAGCUUCCAAUAAUCACUUCUUGCUCAAAUCACGUUUUGGUUUGCUUAAUAAACAUGACAUUUGAUCAAACCUUGAAUGUAUCAUUAGUGGUGGAUAGAAGAUCCGAGAGGAAUGUCAAACAUCUGUAUGUUUGAGGCUGUUGUUCAAUCCAAGUUCAACGUGCGAGGGAUUCAGAAGUGGCUUGGUAGCUAUUAAUAACUCCAGACACACUGCCCUUGGUGGGUGUAGCUGAUGUUAAUAUUAAUGUGAAGUAUACAGAACACAAUCCUUGUUAAAUGUUUGAAGAUAACGAGUGGGGUGAAUUUGAUGAGAAUGAUGAUCUCCAAGUCCCCCAUUCUGGUAGCCAACACAAUAAUCAGCUUGUAAUAGAGGGUGAUGGCUGUAAUAAAUCACUUCACGAGUUUGAUGGUAUAAAGAGUAGUGGUAAUGUUAGUAGCUAUGGAACUCUGGGUAGAGAGGAAUUAUACUUGCAAAAUAUGACCCAAAAUGAAAGAAUACCAGAAAAGGGUUCAUGGUCGGACACACCCGAGGGUGUAUUUUCGUCAUGUGAUGGUGACUCAUACAGAGAAGCAAAAGGGCCAGCUUCAGAUAACACAGGCAUGUCUGACCACUGUUUCAAGAGCAGCAAUAUAGAUUCUGGUGGUAGCGAGCUUUGUGCAGAUGAUACCAUCUUGGAAGACAAGUGUGUGGUGGAAGAUGAUAGUGCGUGUCAAUAUCCAGUAAAUCACAUAUCUCAAGAUGAUAAUGAACUCAGUUUUCUUGAGAAUGAUGGAUGGUUGGAUAUAGGAAACUUAGAAGAUAUUGACAGGAUGUUAAGUUGUGAUUUAACUUUUGGAAUGGAGAGUCUCAAUAAUGAAGAGGAUUUCUGCUGGUUUUCUUCUUCACAUGGUGCUGAAGGUUCCGACGAUGCACUAAAGUCCGACAUAGAGCUUCAUUAUGCAGAAAUGAGUCCAUUGAAAAACAUAUCAGAAUACAAUAUGGAUUCCUCAAAAGAAAACAUUGGAUUUCUUCCGGUCAAUGGUUCAAACAAAAAGUUAUCCCCUGGUGAUAAGAAGAUAAGAUCUCAAAUGGAUGUGGAUGACAAUGUUGUCCCUGCUUCAUUAUCAAUGUUCAAUGAAUCAGACACAAAAUCUGGUCAUAAAGAUGUCUUGGUGCCGAAAGAAAAGAAGCUUCCAAAGUCAUCAGCAGGAAAGCGAAAAAAUGGCAAUUCUGUUCGUCCUUACACUCCUUCCGAGCAAUAUGCAGACAUAAAUCAGCGGUGUGGAGCCUCUUCUAGUGGUGUCACUUCUCUUGAUAGUUUCCAGAAGCAUAAGCAGAACAUAGAUUCUAAUUCUUUAGGUUGCAUACUGACACAAAUUCCUUCAGCGCACCUAGAAUUUAGUCAUGCUCUAAGUCACACUUCACUCUCUUCGAUUUUCUCUGGAUUAAGAGCUGAACAUGACGGACAUAUGUCUCCUUCAUUUAUGGAUUUGUCUUAUGCCUCAAACAUGGAGAGUUCUCAUGGUCAUUCUUUGGUAGCUGCUGCCUCGAAAACAAAUGAGAAGAGAGAAAAGUAUCAUAGCCAUGAUCACCUCUUAAGUAGGAGUUUCAAAAAUGAAAGAAGGGCAAAUGAAAUGCUAUUUCACAGUCAAGGUUCUUCUCAGCAGGUAACUCAUCAAUUUGAAAAUGAAAAUGAAGGUCAUAGUAAAGUUCGAGGGGUUAGUCUAGGAUUUUCUUCAGAAAUAGACUCAUCAACUGUACAAGAAAGCUCACCCAUAAGCUCUGCUCUGGACAAAAACUCACUUGAAGCAAAUAGCUUUUGCCACCUGCAACAGGUGUUGGAACAGUUGGAUAUUAAAACCAAAUUGUGCAUAAGGGACAGUUUAUACCGUUUAGCUAAGAGUGCUGAGCAAAGACAUAUUAUAACAAACGCAAAUGGUUGCAUUGGAGAUGGUACUGAAGCAUGCAAAGACACAAUGGCUCAGGAUGCAAGCAGGUGUACAGGGUUCAUUGAUAUCGAAACCAACACAAAUCCUAUUGAUCGGUCUAUAGCACACUUAUUGUUUCACAGGCCGACAGAUACAUCAACUUUGCUUCCAAACGAUAUUGCACCUUCCAAAUUCAAUGCAGCGAUACAUGAAUCAGUAAUCAAUCCAGGAAAGGCUGAGAAUCAGGUCUUUCAGGAAGAUUCAUCUACCGAUGUAGAGAAAAAGCUUUUAGGGAGUAACACCUAGUGAAAGUGAAACCAACUUUGGCACAUUAUGCUGUGUAGUUUAUAGUUUUCAUGCCAUCGUAUAAGAUGAUGUAUAAUUAUUUCGGGUUUACUUGGAAUUUUAAUUAGCGAUCCAGUUUUGCAUUGAAUGCCAUGACACUGAUGUACAUUUGUAAUUUGUAACAUGAUACUGAUGCACAUUUUACAUUUGUGCUGAUCACAAGGGAGCAAUAUAUGAUGCAUAGUAGCGUUACACUCACAA